AUGCAGUGCGCAGGCAGUGUGCAUGCAGUGCGCACGCAGCACGCAUGCAACGCGCAGACGCAAAGAGGCUGCCGGGAGCUGGGAUCCUGCGAGAAAUGUCUGCAGGGCACUGCCUCCCACAACGGCUCGGGCUGCGUGUGGAUGGGCUGUGGGGCGCCCGAGCGGCCGGGGCCAGGCCGCUGCGUGCCCAGCGAGGAGGCGGCGCGGGGAGCGUGCGCGCUCUACAACAGCUCCGCGCGGUGCCCAGUGCUGCGAUCGCCCACCGAGGAGCCGCCGCGGCCACCUAGCAAAGAGCCGGUGACACAUUCCGCACGGACCACCACGAGGAGCGCCCCGCUGACGGGCAGCCCCGAGCUGCCCCCGCCGGGCUUCGACACGGCCAGCUUCGUCGGUGGCAUCGUGCUGGUGCUCAGCGUCCAGGCCGUCGUCUUCUUCAUCAUCAAGUUCAUCAAGUCCAAGGACAGCACCUACCAAACGCUGAUCUGAGGCUGGUGCCCGCCU